AUGCGUGUUUCUGGCCUCGUCUCCCUCGCCCUGGCCGCUGUCCCGGCCCUGGCCGACUCUACACGCGGUACCCUGGGUUUCUCACUCGGUGACAAGAACGCCGAUGGCACUUGCAAGUCUACUAGUGACUACGAGGCCGAUUUCGAUAAUCUGAAGGACUUGGCUACCCUUGUCCGUACCUACUCCGGCACCGAAUGUGAUACCCCUCAAAACAUUCUUCCUGCUGCGAAGAAUAAGGGCUUCAAAGUUGUCCUUGGUAUCUGGGUCGGCGCACAGGAUAGCGGUGAUUUGAGCACCAACGAUGCCUCCUUCACGAAGGAUUUCGCCGCCUUGAAGCAGGCUGUUCCCGGAUACGAAGAUGUUGUUGAGGCCAUUACCGUCGGCUCCGAGACCCUCUACCGUGGCGACCAGACCGGCCCGUCGCUGCACAACUACAUUGGUCUUGUCGCCAACCAGUUCACCAGCAUCACCGUUGGUACCGCUGACAGUUGGAACAAGUUCGCUGAUGGAACUGCGGAUGACUUGUUCACUCGCGACACUGCCUCUGCCCCUCUUGUCACAUACGUUCUUGCCAAUGCCUUUGCCUACUGGCAAGGUACCGCGAUCGAUCAGGCUUACAAGACCUACUUCGAUGACAUGUCCGGUGCCAUGACUCACAUCCAGAAGAUCGCUGGUGACAAUGCUGAUAAGAUUCACAUUAUUAACGGCGAGACUGGCUGGCCCACCGGUAAGAUCAAACUGAAAGCUCCAAAAUUUGUGUAUGAGAACUUUCCACUAACAAAUAUCUUUUAUCUAGACGGUGGUACCGACUAUGAAGCUGCCAUUGCUGGCACUGCCAAUGCCGAGACCUUCUGGCAGACCGGUGUCUGUGGUAUGCUCGCUUGGGGUGUUGACCUGUUCUACUUCGAGGCCUUUGAUGAGUCCUGGAAGCCCGACAGCAUUGGUGACAAUGGCCAGGCCUCGGACGAGAAGCACUGGGGUCUGCGCACUGCUUCCCGCCAAGACAAGUUCAACACCACCUGUGCCAACUAA